GGGCCUGGUACCUGAUGCAGGUACUGUUGGGUAAGCAGAGGGUGGGAGUUUCCCACCCCUCCCCAGAGAAGGGCAGGGGGCCCUGUCCCAAGCUUCCUAACCCAGGACUUCCAUUUCCCGAAGAGGAGAAACAAGACAGGGAGCAGGCCUGGUCCAGCUCUGGCUCUCUGCCUCUCCACGUGCUCACGGCCUCUCCCAGCCUGGUGCUAAGCAGUGUCAUGAGUCUGGACCAGUUGGGAGAUUAAUUCUUGGGCAUGGGAGCACUUCAGGGCAGGGAAGGGGGAGGAGUGACAGGUCCAAGGUCACCAACAGAGAGGGGCAGCUGCCAUCCUUGAUAGAUCCCUCCUCUUAAGAAUCUGUGACAGGACUUCCCUUGUGGCGCAGCGGUUAAGAAUCCGCCUGCCAAUGCAGGGGACACGGGUUCGAGCCCUGGUCCAGGAAGAUCCCACAUGCCGCGGAGCUACUAAGCCCGUGGGCGACAACUACUGAGCCUGCGCUCUAGAGCCCGCGAGCUGCAACUACUGAAGCCCGGGCACCGAGAGCCCGUGCUCUGCAACAAGAGAAACCACUGCAAUGAGAAGCCCGCACACCGCAACAAAGAGUAGCCCCCGCUCGCCGCAACUAGAGAAAGCCUGCACACAGCAAUGAAGACCCGACGCAGCCAAAAAAAUAAAUUAAAAGAAAGAACAAAAAACAACAAAAAAAAAAACGGGGCUUCCCUGGUGGCGCGGUGGUUGAGAGUCCACCUGCAGGACACGGGUUCGUGCCUUGGUCCGGGAAGAUCCCACAUGCCGCGGAGCGGCUGGGCCCCUGGCCAUGGCCGCUGAGCCUGCGCGUCUGGAGCCUGUGCUCCACAACGGGAGAGGCCACAACAGUGAGAGGCCUGCGUACCGCAAAAAAAAAACAAAAAACGACUAAGCCUUGUGGAAUUCAAAAAUUUAGAAAAAAAAAGAAAAAGAAAAGAAUCUGUGACAGAGGUGGUCAGGGAGCCCCACUGGAAAAGAGAGCCAAGCAGGGCACUGGGCGCUUCUGGCCUGUAGCAAGCCCUGGCCUCAACCCACAGGCCUCAGCCUCCCUGGCUCCUCCUCCCCCACCCCGCCCCACAUGCACUUAAUACUUCUGGCACCCAGUCCACCUGCCUCGGACUUUGGCCUCAGUGGUAGCUAGUGGGAGCCUGGGAAGCCCUGGAGCAAAGUUUCUCAAGCAAAGCAAAAGAAGAAACUUCAGGUGUUGUAGUGCCUGCUAGCUUUCCCCUGAGAAGGUAAGCAGGGUACUGGGAGCUCGGGGGCUAUGAGAAGACUGGCAAGAUGUUCAUGUAUUGAUAACUCAAAGCCUAAAGCUUUUCAUGCGCCUCCUCACACUUUAUCCCCUUUGAUCCCCCGCGGUUCCCAGGUGGGUGUGCUGGGUGUUAGUCCCACUUGGUAGAUGAGAAAACAGGUUCCGAGACACAGUGAGGUGCUCGGCCUCACACAGUAAGCUUGGAGCCAGCAGGACUAAAAUGCAGGGGCUCCGUAUGUGUCUCCAAAAAUAAGGCCCAGCUGGUUUAGCAGGAGGUAAGAGGUGAUAACAAGAUCCCUCUGCUCCUGCGUGGCGGGUCUGCACACAGGACCCAGCUCAUCUGGUUUUAGUUAAGUUACCCACAGAUACAGGGUCUGCCCAGAUCUUCGCUUUACUUAGAUGAACUGUAGUUUGCGAGUCUCAGACUGCUCAAACCAGAGACUUCCAGUUAGGGGGAAGAUAUGAGGGGUGAGGGCUGGUGGGCCAGGGUAAACUAGACAAGUCUCCCUGCCCAGCUUCGGCUGCCACCUGCAGGUCACUUGGGGUCCGGCCAUGUGGCUGCCUCUGCUUCUUGGAGUCUCGCUCUGGGCAGCACUGUGGUUGCUCAGGGACCGGCAGAGCCUGCCCGCCAGCGAUGCUUUCGUCUUUGUCACCGGCUGUGACUCGGGCUUUGGGCGGCUUCUGGCACUGAGGCUGGACCAGAGAGGCUUCCGAGUCCUGGCCAGCUGCCUGACCCCCUCAGGGGCAGAGGACCUCGAGCGGGUGGCCUCCUCCCGACUCCACACCACCCUGCUGGAUGUCACAGAUCCCCAGAGCGUCCGGCAGGCAGCCAAGUGGGUGGAAACACACGUCGGGGAAGCAGGGCUUUUUGGUCUGGUGAAUAAUGCCGGCACGGCUGGCAUCAUCGGGCCCACACCUUGGCAGACACAGGAGGAUUUCCAGCGGGUGCUGAAUGUGAACACACUGGGUCCCAUCGGGGUCACCCUCGCCCUGCUGCCCCUGCUGCGGCAGGCCCAGGGCCGGGUGAUCAACAUCACCAGUGUGCUGGGCCGCCUGGCAGCCAAUGGAGGAGGCUACUGUGUCUCCAAGUUUGGCCUGGAGGCGUUCUCUGACAGCCUGAGGCGGGACGUGGCUCCUUUCGGGGUACGAGUCUCUAUCGUGGAGCCUGGCUUCUUCCGAACCCCCGUGACAAACCUGGAAAGUCUGGAGGACAGCCUGCAGGCCUGCUGGGCACGGCUGCCUUCAGCCACACAGGCCCUCUAUGGGGAGACCUUCCUCACCAAAUAUCUGAGAGUGCAGCAGCGCAUCAUGAACCUGAUCUGUGACCCGGACCUGACCAAGGUGAGCAAGUGCCUGGAGCAUGCCCUGACUGCCCGUCACCCCAGAACCCGCUACAGCCCAGGCUGGGACGCCAAGCUGCUCUGGCUGCCAGCCUCCUACCUGCCAGCCAGCCUGGUGGAUGCUGUGCUCACCUGGGUCCUUCCCAAGCCUGCUCAGGCGGUCUACUGAACUCAGCUCUCCAGCAAGAGGUUGUCGUUCAAGGCAAGGACUUUGAUUUAUUUCUGUCCCCCACCCUGGCACUGCCUGGUGCUUGGUACAAAACAGGCACUCAAUAAAUGUGUAUUGGGGCUUCCCUGGUGGCGCAGUGGUUAAGAAUCUGCCUGCCAGUGCAGGGGACAGUGCAGGGUUCGAGCCCUGGUCCGGGAAGAUCGCACAGGCUGCGGAGUUACUAAGCCCGUGCGCCACAAGUACUGAGCCCGCGUGCCACAACUACUGAAGCCCGGGCACCUAGAGCCUGUGCUCUGCAACACUAGAAGCCAUGACGAUGAGAAACCCGCACACCGCAAUGAAGAAUAGCACCCGCUCGCCGCAAAUAGAGAAAGCCCACGCACAGCAACGAAGACCCAACACAGCCAAAAAUUAAUUAAUUAAUUAAAAUGUGUGUUGUUCAAAACAAAACAAAAAACACUGUAGGUGGGCAAAAAUGAAGGUGCCCAGUGGAAGACCCUAUGUAACUCCUAACUAACCUAGGCUGACAUCCUCUAGGGUCUCUGGCCCAUUUAGUACCUGCAAAACCACCAGCACCCACUCGGGGGCGCAAGGGGAUUGUCUUGCAUCUGUAAGGCAUCUUUGAAGCUGCACCUGGAGGGGUGGCCACUAGAGGGCACUGUUGGAUGUUUCCUUUCUUCCUGGAGUAAGGUUGAAAUUCAGUGUUUGGAGUGGGAAGGGGGGCAUGGGGAGGUGAUGAAGAGGGGUCAAGGCCAAGCUGGGUGGUUUCCAUGGGAAAAAAGCCAAUACCCUCUUAAAUUCUUCUGUUAUCUAACGUAAGUCAAGAAGGAUAGACACUGGCCACACAGGUAUAAAAGCAACUUGUCACCAUCCUGAAAGGAGCCAGGCCCCCUUGAGGGUCAGGGUGGCAAGGAGUUGCUGGGCCCUCAGAGGUGGGCAGAAGGCCAGGGAGAAGAUGUCGACAGCGGAUGUGGGCUGGUCUCUCCCAGGUAGGACCUUGGUAGAGAAUCCCUUUGACGUGGGAAAUGGCUUCACGAACACUUCAGCACUGAGCCUGGCAGCACAAGACUAGGAGACAGGGAGGGCAGUGGGCCUCAGCCGCCUCAGGAUCCCCACUUCCACUGCCAGCCCAACGAACGCCUUCAGCACAAUCCUCCUUUCCUCCACACCCCCCAAAGUAGGCCUGCCUUUCCAGAGGUGCAAACAGAACGGGGUCCCAGAGGACAGGAACAUGGAUGAGGAGGGGGAAGGGAUAAAGUAUCACUCUUUAAGACAAACUGAGACUCUCUCUCUUUUCGGUCUGAAAAAAUAAUCCGUUUAAUUGAAAAACCUGGAGUAUACUACCCACUCCCCUGGAUGAGGGGGCUGAAGAGACUAGACCCCCUACAUCACCUCAUAGCCACUUCGGAUGC